GAAAAAAAGAAGAAAUGUCCUAUUAUAAUUAUUUUUCUAAUAUUUUAAAAUCAAUGCUCUUAAAUUUUAUUUUUUAUUUAUUUAUAUUAAUUACAAUUGAUGCUAUAUAUUUAAAAAGAGUUAAUGCUAGUCAACGUGAAAUACCAAGAAAAAUUAGAUUAAAACAUAUACAAAGGGAUAUACAAAAUAAAUUAAUUAUAUGUUAUAAAGGAAGGGUAGUUAGAGGAGUUUGUGUUUGUGAUCAAAAUUAUAUUGGAAAAUUCUGUGAACGUGAAAUGCAUUGUUUAGGAUUUGAAAGAACAGAAAAUGGAUCUUGUUAUAAUUGUAAAGAAAAUUUUUGGGGAACAGAUUGUGACAGACCAAAAUGUAAACAUGGAGGGAAAGAAAAUAAUUACACACAAAUAUGUGAAUGUAUUUCCCCUCAUUCUGGUGUACAUUGUGAAGUAUUACGUGUAGAAGAUGUUUAUUAUCAUUAUAAUACAAGAGCUUAUAUUAUUGGCCCAAUUGGUGUACUUUUAAUUAUUCCGAUGGUUAUUUGCUUCAUUGUUUGUGAAAGAAAUGCAAGAAAAAGGCAAAUUAAUCGAAUACAGAAAACUUGGGCAAAUGAAUUAGAAAAUAAAGAGGAAAUGAAAGAAAGAAGAAAUUCUUUACUAAAUUAA